AUGUUCAGCAUUCCGGCAGUAUUGGUUGUGGUGGCGAUUGCCUUAAACUACUAUUUUGCGUCAGCGUACAGACUGCAAGCCUCGCGACCGACAGAUGUAUCCUACACGUAUAAUCCCCUUGCCAAGGGCCAACCCAAACUAGCAUCCAAUUCAUAUCUACGAAAACGCUUUCCACCACGAAAUUUGGAGCAAAUUGGAAAGGAAAAUGCCACCAUGAUAAUGCUUGUACGCAAUGGGGAGCUAGAAGGUGCUCUUUCUUCAAUGCGGUCUUUGGAGGAUAGGUUCAAUCGAGAGUACAAAUAUCCGUGGGUCUUUAUGAAUGAUGAGCCUUUUGAUGAGGAGUUUGUUGAAAAAACAAGCCUAAUGGCUAGUGGCAAGACCUACUACGAACUUGUUCCAGCCGAGCACUGGCAGCCACCACCUUAUAUAAACAGAACCAGAUUGGAGGAGAAUUUGAACACUUCAACAAAUGUACUUUAUGGUUUCCUGAGGUCAUACAGAAACAUGUGUCAUUUUUAUUCCGGGUAUUUUUACAAACAAGAGCGAUUGUUGAACUAUGAUUGGUAUUUUAGAGUUGACCCGGAUGUUGAAUACAUGUGUGAUUUUCAAUAUGAUCCAUUCCAACUACUACGAGAAAAUAACAAAAUCUACGGAUUUACCAUUGCUAUUACUGAGUUCGAAAAUACGGUUCCAACACUAUGGCAAAAUGUUGAAGCAUUCAUGGAAAAGUACCCUAGCCUCCUCCAUACAAACAAUGCCCUCGACUUCCUAACAACUCACGAAACAACAAUCACGCAUUACAUGACAUUCACAGAAUCUACAUCGAGGUACAACUUGUGUCAUUUCUGGUCAAAUUUUGAAAUUGCCAAUUUGAACUUUUUCCGAAGCGAAGCAUACGAAACAUUCUUUAGGCAUUUGAGCGAAGCUGGUGGUUUCCAUUACGAAAGAUGGGGUGAUGCUCCUGUGCAUUCAAUUGGCGUUUCCCUAUUGGCCGACAAGAACCAAAUUCACCACUUUGAAGACAUUGGGUACUAUCACGCGCCCUUCUUGGCAUGUCCGCAUUCAGAGGAUGUUAUAGCUUCGAAGAGGUGCAUUUGCAAGCCGAGAGAUGCACAUCAUGACAUGAACCGUACAAUCGAUGUCAAUGCGCACAGUUGUUUGUCACGAUGGUGGAAGUACGGAGCUGGAAAAUCGUUUUUGAAUGAAGCUGACUACCAUCGGUGGUAG